AGACCAUUAGAAUUGUCACAGCUGAAUACUCAUCCUUAACCAACUGAGAUUCGGACGUCCGGACGUAUUUAAGAUUACGGACUUCAUCAUUUCUCAGAUUUGAUAAGGUUUCCUUUACAAUGAACUCUGUGCUUCAGAGUGCUUUCUUCUGUUGUGUGUUGACUACACUUCUACCAAAAAUCACAAGUGCUACCCCUCUUAAUGCAGAGGAUUUAAGAAGGCUCAGUGACUGGCUUCAGGGUGAGGUGUGGAGAGAUGUUGGAAGUGAGGGUGACUCAACGCCUCCGCCCUCCGAACAGGACAACGCCGGUACAGAAUCGUACGAACCACAGCACAGGAGUUUAAGGGCAAAGAGGACAGAACCAGCCUACUCAGUGAAAAGAAUCGAAAGAGCGGGCUGUAACCUGGCCACCUGCUCGGUGCACGAGCUCGCCCACCUGUUGAACAUCAUGCGCACCAAGACAAACAGUGCCCCCCUCGAUAAGAUCGGCUCGAAAGGCUACGGUCGUCGACGAAGGCGGUCGCUCCAACCGGCCCACCCUGCACAAACGUUCGAUAGAGUCCAUCUGAAGCUGGCCUGGCUCCAAACUCUCAAAAGGCACAAAGGUGUUGAAACAACAAGUACAAGCAACUGGAUCGUUCUCCUCUCUAUCCUGUGCCUGAUGGAUUGGCCAGAGAAAGGUUCAGGUCGCUUAGAGAUUGUGGGAUAAGGAGGACUCCCCGUCAUUUGGGGAAAAAAGUUUUUUUUAAAGCGUUGUUUGGGUCUAAGGCAAUGCGAAAGGAAAUAGGUGGUCAAUGCUCAGUGCAUGUGUUUAGCAUUCUUGUCAUUCUAAUGGAGCUUUUGGGACUUGACACUGUAUCUCUUGUGCAGCACAGAUGCGUCCUCUGCUGGAGGAAUGAGGGAACAACCGAGGACACUACCAGCACCUACACUACCUGCCAACCGAUGACAGAGGAGGGGACAGAAAAACAACAACAAGAGGACAAAAGAACUAACUCAGAGGGCCUAAACCAUGUUAUCCUGGAGGACCAAUAAAUUCUUUUUGGAAGUCUUAA